UGUUUCUCUCCUCGAUCCCGGAAGUGGAGCUGGUGAUGUUGCUGUAGAAAUGGCGGCAGACAGUAGGUCUGUGUUGGCGAGUGUUUUAUUAUUAUCUUUUUUGUCGCUGAUCAGGGAAAGCCAGGGCAGACGGCAUCACCUGGUUCUGGAGAAUGACGUGCGGCACAAGGUUCACCUGAACUCCUUCGGUUUCUACAAGAAUGGUUACACGAACGUGUCUAUGAACCAGCUCACGCUUGAUGUGGACAUCAGCAAAAUCGACGACUCCACGAUUGGGUUCAGCUUGGACAGAACCAGUAGCAAUGGCUUCUCAACAUAUAUGGAUGAAGACAUGGAUUUCUGCAUUCUGAAGAAGCUGCCUGCCAGCGACAUGGCUGUGGCACUGCUGUUGAUCGACUUCAAAGAGAACAGGGUGAAAAUGAAGACCUCGAUGGACGAGAACAUAUUCCCGAUCAUUGUGUCAGAGCAGCCCAAGCCAGUCACUGAGGCACCAGCAGGUGGUAAAGCAGGAGUAGAGCUAGAGGCCAAGGAGAGAGUGGCCAACCCCAUCCACAAACCUACAACACCUUCAGUCAAAGCUGAGGGAGUUGGAGGCGAGAACAAAGGGAGCAAAACGAAACGGGACACAUCAACGGAUGUGAAGCCCGAUGUGUUCUAUUCCCUAUGGCAGAAAGCAAACGGUUACUCUUUCCAGUUUCACUUCAACAUCAGCACGGAUGACCAACAAGGCCUCUAUAACUUCUACUUCCACAACUGUUACAACAUGGAGACCCCAAAUGCAGAGCUGCUGCACUUCAGCCUUGAUAUUGAGAUCGAGGAGAAAAACCCCACUAGUUACCUGUCCGCAGGGGAGAUCCCUCUGCCCAAACUCUACAUCUUCAUGUCCAUGUUCUUCUUCCUCAUUGGCACGCUGUGGGUGCACGUCCUCCGCACACGCAGUGCUGAUGUGUACAAGAUCCAUUGGCUGAUGACGGCACUUCCUUUCACCAAGUCUCUGUCCCUGGUGUUCCAUGCUAUUGAUUACUACUACAUUUCAAAUCAGGGCUUCCGCAUUGAAGGAUGGGCUGUGGUCUAUUACAUCACUCACCUCCUGAAGGGGGCGCUGCUCUUCAUCACCAUUGCUCUGAUCGGGACUGGCUGGGCUUUCAUCAAGCACAUCCUUUCAGACAAGGACAAGAAGAUCUUCAUGAUAGUCAUCCCUCUGCAGGUCCUCGCCAAUGUGGCAUACAUAAUCAUAGAGUCGACGGAGGAGGGAACCACAGAGUACGGCCUCUGGAAGGAAAUACUCUUCCUGGUGGACCUGCUUUGCUGUGGGGCCAUUCUGUUUCCUGUCGUCUGGUCUAUCAGACAUUUACAGGAGGCCUCUGCCACAAAUGGAAAAGCAGCCAUCAACCUGGCCCAGCUGAAGUUGUUCCGGCAUUACUACGUGAUGAUUGUGUGCUACAUAUACUUCACCCGCAUAAUCGCAAUCCUCAUCAAGUUCAUCGUGCCCUUCCAAUGGAAGUGGCUCUACCAGCUCCUGGAUGAGCUGGCCACGCUGGUCUUCUUCUUCCUGACGGGACACAAGUUCCGGCCGGCUUCCUACAACCCGUACCUGCUGCUGUCCGUGGAAGACGAGGAGGAUGUUGAGAUGGAGGACGUGAUCACCACCUCAACUUCGGGGAUGAUGGAGGGUGUGAAGAAGGUGAAGAAGCUGUCUAACGGCCCCUCAGAGGAGAAGGAGACCACUGCAUGACAGGGGACCGCCCUCCACAACCUUCCAGUUCCUGACCUUGUGACUGUGGGCGUGGCCAUCAUUUCUGGAGCGUGUGCCCAGACUACUGCUAUCAAACAACAAGAGCCGCACACACUUGCACAUGAUCACACCCAUACACCAUCACUCCUUUGGUACUCAGAGUUGUCAUAUCCUUUCGCUCCAUGUGUCUAACCUCAUGCUUAAUUUGACAGCAUAAAACGGAGUUCUGGUGCAUUGUCAUUAUUUAUUUUGAUAUUUUUGUGCUUUUUUUUUUUUUUUUGUUAAUAGAUGAGAAAAUUACUAUGGUUAGACUGAUGUGAAGCAUUAGUGCGGAGAAUAUGAACUAGACCCAAACACUGAAGUAUGAUGAGUAAGUGGGAUGAUGGAAGAAUUCAGAGGAUUUGUACUGAACUGUGGUUACUCUUCAUCCCCCCCCACGGACACUGAAAAUAUUUGUACAGUAUUUCUAUGAACGACAAGGUACUUAAAACGUGGCUCUCACUGUCAGCAGUGGACAUAAAAGUUGAGGAGUUGCAGGUUUCCUGUUGGACAGCACUUUUCGGUGGAACCACAGUGACUGUGUGGGGCCCUGUCUUUUUUUUUCCUUCCUUGUUACCCCUUUUCUGUGCCUCUCGAUGUGAAGAAGUUCUCCUUGGGGUUGCCUCGCUGGGAAGGAUGGCGACUGCUGUAGCUAUUCAGAGGAAACGAGCAGCAUGCAAGAUGUGGUUUUCAGGGCAUAUGUACUUUUACAGUGACUCUCAAUGUGCAGAUUUUUUUUUUGUGAAAAUAAGUAGCUUGUUUUUAAAAAAAAAAAAAAACCUUGAAUUAACUGUAAAUAAAUGGGGGGUGGGGUGCUCCUGUAUAAACUGCAGAUAUGAUUGCUUUAUGAUGUAUCACGUGGGCUGCAAGUGGUGUUUGGGAGCGAGAUGGGCCAGGUUUAAUUCCAAGUCCUUUCUCAGCGAGCAAGAACAAAGCUCAUAAAGCUGAGAUCAUGUACAGGGCAGACAGCGUAAGGGCUGUAAUGAUUUAAGAUAGAGCUGCCUACAUGACCAAAAGGAAGCUAUAAUUAUAUUCUGCUUCCUUCCUCUGUUUUUCCCUGGUUUUCACAAUGGGUUUGUGGUUCAUCUUUUUUGCAUUUGUAAAAACUGCUCUUGCCAGUUCUAACAAAUUGCAGGUUUUCCGGUUGUAAAAUAUAAUAGAUGUGGGAAGUUUAUGAAUUCUGAACAUAAAGUUUUUAUUUUGGACCCUUAAAUGAAGUCUGAUUAUUUUGCAGGUGCUGCAGCCAGAAGUGGGAUUUCAGUGUUACCUCAUGUAAUCCUCAACAUCCUGCAUUUGCAGCCUUUUUAAUAGUGGAGUAUUUUAAUAGAAAUGUGACUAUGCAGUAGCAGGACAGUAAUUGGGAAGGUGGUCAUGUGACUGGAAUACACAGUAACAGUUUUUACCCAGUUUUCUGAUCAACUGUCUCAUUUAAGUUUGCCAACACAUGUGCUGUGAAAUGGCCCUUAAAGUCCAAUAUGUGUACAUUCCCCUCAGGAGUGCUGGUACUAAAGUGGGACAUGUGUGAUGGGUUGGGAAAAACAAAGCAAAGAAAGCACGGUCUUGAUCAUCAGAUUACAGGGCCUGAACCUAUAGUUGAUCGUGCCUCCAAAGCCUGGAAGCAAAACCAGCGAUGAUCACAGCUCUGCUGUGCCUCAGAGGUGCUAGUGCACACAGAUUACUGUAUUUAUACACUUCAGUGCCAUAAAACCAGCGCUGAUGGAAUUUCACGUGGUGCGUUAGCAACACGUUGGCACAGCAUUGCAGCUUUCAUCAGGUUGCUGCUGGUUUCCAUAAAGUAAUCGUUUUGUGGUUAAAUAUUAUAUCCCAUUGUAAGCUGAACUUUACUUGUUCAAGCACUGCAGGUACUGUAAGAUUUUUAUCCUGAAUAAAAAAAAAAAAAAAACUCUAUAAGUAAUGAAUAAGCA